AUGGGCGAGUCCAAUCUGAUAACCAUUGGUAGUGAAAUGUUUAAUAACAUGGGACUGCUUCCUGCUAAUAUCGAAGAAGAAAUCGACACGAAGUCACUGGAUGAUUUGAUUCAGGAAUUAGAUAGCCUUACUGGUCUGGAGAAUAUUAAACAGGAGGUUAAGGAUUAUGUUCAAUACCUUAAUUUUCUUGUGAUAAGAAAAGAAAAAGGCUAUGAUGACAACUCUGGUAACCCAGGUACAGGCAAAACGACUGUGGCUAGAUUACUUGGCAAGAUAUUUCACAAACUUGGCUUUUUAUCUAAAGGCCAUAUUCAUGAAGUAGACAGAGCAGACCUAGUAGCAGAAUAUAUUGGUCAGACGGCGCCGAAAGUCAAGGAAGCUAUAGAUGCCGCUAGAGGUGGAAUUCUAUUUAUAGAUGAGGCAUAUUCUUUAUAUAGAUCGGGAGAAGACACUAAAGAUUUUGGUCGUGAAGUGAUUGAAAUAUUACUGAAAGAAAUGAGUGAUGGCAAAGGAGAUAUAGCGGUCUUCGUAGCAGGUUAUCCGAAAGAAAUGGAGGUGUUUUUAGAUUCAAACCCGGGAUUGAAGUCUAGAUUUAGUCAUUAUUAUUAUUUCCAAGAUUAUACACCGCAAGAAUUGGAGGAAAUUGCUUUGUUGGAAUACAAUAAGUAUAAGUUAAACUUGCUUCCUGAAGCCAAAGCUUUGCUCUCCAAAAAACUGGUAGAUGCUUAUCGUUCUAGAACGAAUUCUUUCGGAAAUGCCCGUAUGGUCAUUUCUCUGGUGAAUGAAUCCAAGAUGAAUAUGGGUAUUCGUUUGAUGAAAAAUGAGAACGUCAAGGAAUUACCAGCGGAGGUUUUUGCAGAAAUCACCGAAGCGGAUAUUAAAGAAACGGCUAUUAAGACGACAGAGAUGAUAGACAAAGCCAAAGGCAGUGUUCUAUUUAUAGAUGAGGCUUAUUCUUUAACUUCUGGUCAUGGCGGUGAUUUCGGAAAUGAAGCUAUCGACACACUUCUCAAACGUAUGGAAGAUCAGCGUGGGGAAUUUAUUGUUAUAGUGGCAGGAUAUACGGAUAGAAUGAUGAACUUCUUGGAGAGCAAUCCUGGUUUGCGUUCGCGCUUUGAUAGAAAAUUUGAUUUUGAAGACUAUAGUGCGGAAGAGUUGCAAACUAUUUUCUUCAAUAUGCUUUCUAGUGAAGAAUUGAAGCUUGAUAAAAAAGCCAACGAAUUUAUGUUGGAUUAUCUCAAACAAUUAGUGCGGCAGAAAUCGAAGUACUUUGGUAAUGGACGAGCGAUUCGAAAGUUAGUAGAAAAGGUUAUAAAAGUUCAGAACCUUCGCUUAGCGGAAAUGCCAGCGGAAAAGCGCACAGAUAAAAUACGAGCGACGAUCACCUUAGAUGAUGUCAAAGACUUUGACCCAACGAAGGAUGAUUUCUUAGAAAGCGGAAAAGGG